UCUCUCUCUCUGUCAUCACAUAUCCAUGUCUGAACUCUCUGCUCAACAGGUGUUUUUAAUCAUCUACUCUACCUCUUUGUUUUUGGCACUGAAUAAAAUAAAUACCUCCUUCAAUUUCCAUUUACAUUUCCAUUUCCAAAAACCUGCCCUCUCUCUUUCACCUCUUUCCCCAAACCUUUGCCUACUCCCUUUGGUGGUGAACAUGGAUUACCUAAGAAUCACUGUUUGUUCGCCUGACCACAUGUGGCUUUAAAUUCAACACAUACAAGCAGACGCAGCGCAGGCAUUGUGUUGUUGAUAGGGAUGGAUGAUGAGCAGCAGCAGCAGCAGCAGCAGCUAUACACCUCCUUCCAUUAUUCAACAUACCACACCCACAGUGAUUUCGAUGGAGGAGAUGGAAUGACGACUCAACAUCAUCAUCAGGAGCAACACCUAAUCAAGGCUCGGAUUGCUAAUCACCCACUGUAUCCCACCUUGCUCUCUUCCUACAUCGACUGCACCAAGGUAGGUGCAUCUCCAGAAACGGCUUCUCUUCUUGACGAAAUCCGCAGAGAUAGCAAUCCCAUAUUUGUUCCCACUCACUUUGGGACUGACCCUGAACUCGAUUCCUUUAUGAGAUCAUACUGCGAGUCUCUGCGCAAAUAUAAGGAGGAGUUAUCGAAGCCAUUCGAUGAGGCGAGGAGUUUCUUAAGCAACAUUGGAUCUCAGCUCUCUCAUCUCUGCAACCAAAACCUACCUUCAACUACUAUUCAUUCUAAUGAUGAGAGGGCGUGUGGAUCAGAGGAGGAUAUAAGCUGCGGAGAAGUAUUAGUAGAAUGUGGAGGCGAUGGGGAGUUGAAAGAGAUGCUGAUGCGGAAAUACAGCGGGUUCGUGAGCAAUUUGAGGAAAGAGAUGUUGAAGAAACGGAAAAAGGGUAAACUGCCAAAGGAUGCUAUUUGUGCUUUGUUGGAGUGGUGGAACACACACUAUAGGUGGCCUUACCCUACCGAUGAAGAGAAGAAGAGGCUGUCGGAGAUGACGGGGCUGGAGCAGAAGCAGAUCAACAAUUGGUUCAUCAACCAGAGGAAGCGCCAUUGGCGCCCCUCCCACGACAUGAGAUCCGCCCUCAUGGAAGACGUCGCCGCCACUGAUGCUGCCGUCGAUCCAACUUUCUAACCCAUUCAAUUCCUUCUGUUUUUGGUCGAAUCAUCUCUAUCUAAACCUACCUUCUUCACAUAUUGCCAUUAUCACUAUCUUUUCUUUUUCUUUGUCCAACUGAAACAAGAUUUCACACUUUUCGUUACUACUCUUUUGAUAAUUAUGGAUAAAUUCUAAACUAAAUUGGUUCCCAUGCAUUUGCUCAAAAA